UCGCGACAAUGGUUAUUUUCAACAAAUCAUAAAGAUAUUGGAACAUUAUACUUUAUUUUCGGUAUUUGACCUGGAAUAGUCGGAACUUCACUAAGAGUUUUAAUUCGUAUUGAACUUAGACAUCCUGGUAUAUUUAUUGGAAAUCAUCAAAUUUAUAAUGUAAUUGUUACUGCUCAUGCUUUUAUUAUAAUUUUUUUUAUAGUAAUACCUAUCAUAAUUGGAGGAUUUGGAAACUGACUAGUCCCCUUAAUACUAGGAGCCCCUGAUAUAACUUUUCCUCGAAUAAAUAAUAUAAGUUUUUGAAUAUUACCCCCCUCUUUAACACUGCUGCUUUCUAGUUCUAUAGUAGAAAACGGAGCUGGAACAGGGUGAACGGUUUAUCCUCCUCUUUCUUCUGGAACAGCUCAUGCUGGGGCUUCAGUUGAUUUAGCAAUUUUUUCUUUACAUUUAGCGGGAAUCUCAUCUAUUUUAGGAGCAGUAAAUUUUAUUACAACUGUAAUUAAUAUACGAUCAGCUGGUAUUACUCUUGACCGACUACCUUUAUUUGUGUGAUCAGUAGUAAUUACAGCUAUUUUAUUACUUCUUUCUCUACCCGUAUUAGCCGGAGCUAUUACUAUAUUAUUAACAGACCGAAAUUUAAAUACAUCUUUUUUUGAUCCAAUUGGAGGGGGAGACCCUAUUUUAUAUCAACAUUUAUUUUGAUUUUUUGGUCAUCCAGAAGUUUAUAUUUUAAUUCUGCCAGGAUUUGGAAUAAUUUCUCAUAUUAUUACACAAGAAAGAGGAAAAAAGGAAACUUUUGGUACUUUAGGAAUAAUUUAUGCUAUAUUAACAAUUGGCUUAUUAGGAUUUAUUGUAUGAGCUCAUCAUAUAUUCACAGUUGGUAUAGAUGUUGAUACUCGAGCUUAUUUUACGUCUGCAACUAUAAUUAUUGCGGUACCUACAGGAAUUAAAAUUUUUAGUUGAUUAGCUACUCUUCAUGGAACACAAUUAACAUAUAGCCCUGCACUUUUAUGAUCUUUAGGAUUUGUUUUUUUAUUUACAGUUGGGGGAUUAACCGGAGUAAUUUUAGCUAAUUCAUCAAUUGAUAUUGUACUUCACGAUACAUAUUAUGUAGUAGCCCAUUUUCAUUAUGUAUUAUCUAUAGGAGCAGUAUUUGCUAUUAUAGCAGGAUUUAUUCAUUGAUAUCCAUUAUUAACAGGAAUAAUUAUAAAUCCUUCAUGAUUAAAAGCUCAAUUUACAAUAAUAUUUAUCGGAGUUAAUUUAACUUUUUUUCCUCAACAUUUUUUAGGAUUAGCCGGAAUACCUCGACGUUACUCUGAUUUUCCAGAUAGUUAUUUAACUUGAAAUAUUAUUUCUUCUUUAGGAAGAAUAAUUUCUUUAUUUGCUAUUAUUUUCUUUUUAUUUAUUAUUUGAGAAAGAAUAAUUACACAACGAACUCCUUCUUUCCCCAUACAAUUAUCUUCAUCUAUUGAAUGAUAUCAUACUUUACCUCCUGCAGAACAUACCUAUUCAGAAUUACCUCUUCUUUCUUCUAAUU